AUGGCCAGGCUCCUGGUGCUCAGCGCAGCGGCCGUGGUGCUGUGCGCAGCGCUGGUGGCUGGCGUUGCUGACAACAACGGAUGCAAGGAUGUGAUCACCGGCUACUCUGGGACCUUUGGAAAGCGUGCAUCUGGCCAGCUUGAGCGCUUCAACAACCAGACAGCCCAGUGGAGGGGCAAAGGCGCGAUCACUAAAGUCAACGUGUACUACAGCUUUGGUCAAAAGUGCAUCCAGGGCAUCAAGGUCACUUACGGCUACAACAGCCAGGAUGCUAAGCUUCUGGGCCAGGAGCAGAACCUCAGCACCAGGGACCUGACCCUGGAGGAGGGGGAGCACUUCAACAAGGCCCAGAUCAAGGCCGGGGCGUGCGUCGAGUACCUGCGCCUCGCCACCUCCAAGGGCCAUGUUCUGGAGAUUGGCAACAAGGAGAGCACCACCCAGCUGAUCACCAGCUACCCCAACAAGCCGACCGGCUUCCUCGCCGCCAUCAGUUUGUCUGGGCCAACUGCAACCCCCUCGCCGGCUCCGGAGCCCGCCGCCCCCGCCGCGGUGGAGACCCCCCUUGAGGGCGCCCCCGAGGCGCUGACCCCCGUGUCCGGCCUGGCGUCGUGCCCCGCGGUCACCGACAUGUGCUCCCAGGACGCGACCUCCUCCAGCACGGCCUACUGCCCCGCCCUUGCGCCCUACAAGAAGGCCACCUGCCUGGGCGGCUGCUGCGCGUCCAGCGGCAAGUGCACCAGCAGCAGCUGCGCUAUCUCGGGCAUCGGCAAGGAGGUGUCCAAUACUAUCUGCUACGGGCUCAACCCCGCCAUCGCCAUCGGCGCGAGCCCCAACUGCCGCGGCCUGGCGUGCAAGCUGUCGAUCCCCGGCUGCACCAGCGACCUGCUCGGCGGCAGCUGCCUCGGCACCGUCGUGGACCUGUCCGGCGUCGCCGCGAGCUUCAACCCCGCGGGCUCUGCGCUGGUCGGGUACCCCUGCCUGGAUGUCACCCCGUCCGACAAGACCCUCACCGCCGACGGCAAGCUCACUCUUUCCGGCGGCUACGUCGCGAAGCUCUGGAGCAUCUGCGACUGCCAGGCGCCCGCGACCAUCGGGAACACCAACAUCCCCGUGCCGCGCCUCGGGAAGCUCAACCUGACCGACAUCAAGUCCCUCGUGGACGUGCUCAAGCCCGGGCUGGACGCGUCGCACCCGCUGCAGUCCAUCGUCGACGCCGUCAAGUCCAAGAUCCCCCCGCUGAUCGUGCCCGACGGCGCGAGCCCCGUCAACCUCACCAACGCGCUCGGGUUCCUGGGGUCCCUCGUCAACAAGGGCGCGGCCGUCCUGGAGUCCGGCGCCGUCGGCCCCGACGGCGCCGCCGCCGACCCGUCCAACCCCGUGUCCGCGAUCGCUAACCUGCUCAAGGGCGCCUCGGCCGUCGCGGCGGCGUCAAACAGCAGCAACCCGCUGGGCGCCCUGCUUGGCGCGCUGGCGCCCAGCGGGCCCAACGGCGAGAAGAACCCUCUUGCGGGCCUCGGCAGCCUUGUGUCCGCCCUGGCCGGCCAUGGCGCCGACACCACCGAGAAGGCCGACGUGCUAAACGCCGUCCUCGGCGGCCUCUCCGGCUCCACCGCCGCCGCCCCUGGCGCCGACCUCCUCGGCACCGUCUCCAAGCUGCUCUCCGGCGCCGGCGCCGGCACCCCCUCCGCCGACGUGGCCGGCCUGCUGUCCAAGAUCCAGAGCAGCGGCCCCGAGAUCCUGAAGACCGUCCUCAGCGCAGUGGAGCAGGGCAAGCAGGCGAUCGGCGACGGCAAGAUCGAUCUGCAGGGCCUCCUCUCCAAGGCUCAGCAGUUCGUCGGCCACGACGGCGCCACCGACACCGACGGCAACCCCACCGUGUCUGCCAUCCUGAACGGCAUCCAGGCGCUGUCGAGCCCCCACGGCACCGACGGCCCCGACGGCGCCGCGGCCAACCCGCUUGGCUUCCUGUCGGGCCUGAAGAACAGCACCGGCGGCCUCAGCCUGCAGUCGCUUGUCGACGCGGCGUCCAAGGCCGGCCCCCUGCUGCAGUCGCUCUCCGGCGCCGACGGCGCCGGCGGCAACCCGCUGGCCGGCGUGCUUAAGGCGUUUGCCGGCGGUGAGGGCGGGCAGGGGCUCGACCUGUCGUCGAUCCUGAACUUGGCCGGCAAGGUCGGCCCGCUGCUGCAGGCGCUUGGCGGCGGCGCGGGCGGCGCGCCCGGCGGCGACCCGCUCGCAUCGGUGCUCAACGCCGUCGGCCUCGGAGAGGGGGGCGCCUCCGGCUCGGGGCUGAACCUGCAGUCUGUCAAGGGGCUGCUGGAGGCCGCGUCGAAGGCGGGCCCCGUGCUGCAGUCGCUGGCCAAGGCGGCGGGCGCGGACGGCAACAGCCCGCUCGCGGGGCUGCAGGCCUUCCUGGACAAGCUGCCGCACAUGGGUGGCGGCGCCGCCCCCGCCGCCGCCCCGGCCUCUUCCUAG